CCAUCGCCGGCCAGCAAAGAAUUCUGACUUUAAUACGGGAGCUUCUGCCGUUCUGAUAAUUUGAUCUCCUCAGACCAGAUCUGACGGAAAAACAAGAAAGCCCUUGAGCAGUUGAGCCAAGAAAUCCUUUCCCCGAUCUGAUCGGAAGCAGACAACGGCGGCUGCGGCGGCGGUAGAGCGGAGCAGGUCGCGAUGGGUGUCGAGUGCCGCUACGAGGUAGCGCAGGCGGCGUACGUCAAGCUAGCGCUGCACGCACUCAAGCACCCCACGGCCGCCGUCAACGGACUCCUCGUCGGCCGCCUCCUCGACUCGGCCUCCCCGGCCGUCGUCUCAGUCGUCGACGCCGUCCCGCUCUCACACCAACCGCACCACCUCCCGCUACUCCCGACGCUCGAGCUCGCGCUCACGCUCGUGGAGGACCACUUCGCGCCGCAGGGCUUCGCCGUCGUCGGCUACUACCACGCCAACGCGCGCCGCGACGACACCGACCUUCCAGCUGUUGCCAAGCGCGUCGGGGACCACAUCUUCCGCUACUUCCCUCGCGCCGCCGUGCUGCUGCUGGACAACCAGAAGCUGGAGAAGGUGAUCAAGGGGGAUAGCCGCGACCCAGUUGUUCAGCUAUAUUCCAGGGAUUCAUCAAAAAGCUGGCGCCAGGCUGGAUCAGAUGGAAGUAGUCAGCUCACUUUAAAAGAACCAUCUACCAAUGUGGUCUUAGCUGAUCAUGUUACAACGAAGAAGUGGCAGCAAAUUAUUGACUUUGAUGACCACCUUGAUGAUAUUAGCAAGGAUUGGUUGAACCCUAGCCUACUUGGUUGAAACAGUUUUGUGAUUUUAAUCGUUAUAUAUUUAUUCAAUCUCGAUAGAACCGAAGGCUCGUCCCACCAAAUCAUUACAUUGACUAUAUAGCUAGACGAGUUGUUUGAUUUGGUUUGUAAUUUACUUAAUGUGACAAAUAGAUAUUACCCUUUGUGUUCCACCGGAACUCUGCAGACAAAAAUUGAUGAAAACUAAAGUUUUGCAAUUGGGCUUUUCAGGUUGGUAUAAAAAUUGAUAGAAGUUGCUUGAA